AUGAUUUGUAAUUUGGGUGAAUUUUGUAAAAAUGGUUUCGAAAGCGUCAAAAGGCGUGUUAGUGAUAAUUCUAUUGGUAAUCCGAUGCAAUUAAGCACGGUUUUGCUUUGUCAAAACGAAGAUGUGUUCGACACUUUGGAAGAGGGUUGGAGAUGCGGUUCAUUCGCGAAGUUCGAUCGAGGUGUUGGAGAAUGUUGUGAUGGUGCAGUGGUUUGCGUCUGGAGUGGACCGGCACUGCGAAUCGUCGCUCAAGUGAAUUUUUUGUUCAAAGUCGUGCAAGAAUCUGCAGGUGCGACAUAUGUGAUCGGUAAUGGUCUUCUUCGUACGAAUGGAAAAUGCAAAGGUGAAGAUAUAUUCCUGAAAGAAGUUAUUGAGUUGGUUCGUAUUAUGCAGUUUUUGUUGCAACACUAUGUUAUGCUGGAAUGGUUUUUGUGUAACGUUCGUGAAACAAGGUCAGCAGUCAAGUUCUUCAAUAUGAAUGAGAUUGGUUAUGAUUUCAAUUAUUUUGAGGAGGUGGCUAAAAUUUUGAUAUUUAUGUUAGCUGUUGAUUAA